AGUGUGUUAGAGAACUAUACAAAGAGACAAAGAGUGUCAGUCCGUGAGAAGAAAUGAGUUUGUGAGAACAGCCUCAGGUUUUCCAGGUCGGACGACUUCCAAGGUCAAAGAGGAGAAACAAGUGACACUAGGGAAACCUCUCUAACAUGGCACUUUUAUCAAGGCUGAGCUGUUAUGUUGCCAUACUAUUAAUAUUCAGUGCUUCGUGCCGGGCUGACCUAUUAAGAAGCAGCAGUCAAGAAUCAUCUAGCAGCGGCGCGGAAUCGGGAAAUUCUUCCUCGACCGUCACAACCGUGCCAAUUGUCACAUGGAAAUGGCAUCAUGUGGAACAGCCGUACUUGGUGGCCCUGUGGAUCCUCGUCUGCUGGCUUUGCAAACUAGUGAUCCAAAUGAAUACUUGGCUCAACAGCUUUUUUCCUGAGAGUGGACUCCUGAUCAUCUGCGGUUUCAUUCUGGGUGGUAUCGUCUGGGGCGCAGACAAGGUACAGACAUUUUCGCUCAAGCCAACAAAUUUCUUCUACUUCCUGCUGCCACCAAUCAUCCUGGACACGGGAUACUUCAUGCCCAACAAGCUUUUCUUCAGCAACCUGGGUGCCAUCCUGGUUCACGCCGUUAUUGGGACAGUCUGGAACGCGGCAACAGUAGGGAUAUCUCUCUGGGCCUGCUUUUUGGGAGGAGCUAUGGGCGACCUCGAGAUCGGACUGUUACAGUUUCUGCUAUUCGGCAGCUUGCUAGCUGCUGUAGACCCCGUGGCUGUGAUCGCUGUAUUCGAAGAGGUGCAUGUAAAUGAAGUGCUGUUCAUCUGGGUGUUUGGAGAGUCGCUGCUCAACGAUGCAGUCACAGUGGUGCUGUACAAUGUUUGUGAUGCCUUUGUAUCUCUGGGAGCAGCGCGGAUUACUGCUGGUGAAAUUAUCAAAGGCAUAGUCUCGUUUUUCGUAGUGGCAUUUGGCGGUGCAUUUGUUGGCGUCGUGUUUGCCGUCAUUAUCUCAAUAUUGACCAAGUACACAGUGAAAGUUCGGGUCAUUGAAGCUGGUUUUAUCUUCGUGCUCGGCUACCUGGCUUACCUCACGGCCGAGAUGCUUUCACUCUCUUCCAUCCUUUCAAUCACUUUUUACGGUGUUUGCUGCCAGAAAUACGUGAACGCUAACAUGGAUGAAAAGUCUGUCACUACAGUCCGGUACACUAUGAAAGUAUUCGCGAUCGGUGCAGAGACCAUGAUUUUUGUCUUCUUGGGAUUGACUGCGAUCGAUACUGUCAUCUGGACGUGGAAUACCGGAUUCAUCCUUCUCACGCUGCUCUUCGCUAUAGUCUACAGAUUUAUCGGCGUCUUUUCAUUAACUUGGAUGCUCAACCGGUUUAGACUGGUUCCCAUGGAGAUAAUUGACCAGAUAGUCAUGAGUUAUGGUGGCCUGCGCGGGGCCGUAGCGUACGGGUUGGCAGCUUCGUUGGAUGAGACCAGGAUUAAGGAGAAGAACCUAAUCCUCAGCACAACCCUCAUUGUGGUGUACUUCACGGUCAUACUUCAGGGUCUCACUAUGAAGCCGCUUGUCAAAUUCCUUAAAGUCAAGCGAGUGGUGCCGUCUGAAUUGAAACUAAUUGAGAAAGUGAACAACCGGGCAUGUGAGCACAUUCUCACAGCAAUGGAGGACAUUUCCGGACGCAUAGGAGACAACUGGUGGACCAGAGGAUGGAAGCGGUUUGAGGGAACCUACAUCACUUGGUUUUUGCUGAAACCAGAAGCCAGGAAAAACCAAGAUUACCUUUUCAGCAUUUUCCACAAACUUAAUCUGGAGGACGCUAUUAAUUAUGUUACCGAGGGAGAAAAACGAGGAUCGCUGGCUUUCCUUCGCAGCGAUGAAGGCGCUAAUGUUAAUUUUGAGAAAAAAAAGUAUGGUUUGGAGUUUUCUGGAGUGAUGCCCGACAUCACGUCAACAUUAGACUACGGCAAUGGUGACAUGCCAAUGACUGCGGUCAUACCGAACAGCAUUCCCUCUGUGUCUCUGAGCAUUCAUGAGCAAGAUAUGAAAGACGUCAACGAUGACAUCAAUGCCCAUCACUUACUGCAGCAACACCUGUACAGGAGCAGGAAAAACCAUCGCCACAGGUACAGCCGUAGUGACUUUACCAUCAAUCAGAAUCAAGAUGAGGUACAGGAGAUCUUCCAGAGAACCAUGAGAAGUCGUCUGGAGUCAUUCAAAUCCGCCAAGAUGGGGGCCACUCCAGCCAAGAAGAUCACAAAGCAUUCCAAAAAAGACCCAACCCAGAAAAUGUCUAUUGGGAAGCCUUCAGAAAGCACAACAUAUCCAUAUGGAGAUGAAGAUUUCGAAUUCUCAGAAGUAGAAAGUACAUCCAGUGGGGAUGGAAAGGCUGCAGGUGGCAGUUCUCCUUCGAGAUAUGCAACUGGAGGUAUAGAAAACCCAGCGUUCAUGCCGGAUAUGGAUGCUCCUCCUCCUCCGUGGUUAACAGAGGCUGAGAGUGACAUGAGCAUAGCACCGUCUCAAAGGGCACAGCGCCCCUUGCCGUGGAGUCCAAGCAACCUGCACCGCAUGGCACCUUUGAGGUUCAGUGAUAACUCAACAGACUCCUUUCCGAUGGCAGAUACCACUCCCAUGGAGGAAUCACAUGAGGAACCAUUUGAAGAGCCACCUAAAAAGGAUGGCACACAUAUGUAACCUUUACUUUACUCAUCAUGGCUACUAAGUAUGCCUUUGGACAAGAAUAAGAUCAACAGAAGUUAGACUUUCUGUUAUAUUAAAUUUUUUGGGUUUGUCCUUGCUUAUUUCUAUCUGGUUAGGACAUUUGUAAUAGCGUGCCAAUAGCUUGCAAGACAAACAUUAGGAUGGUCUUUCUUAACCAGGGUCCUGGAGGACCCCCUGCCUUGUAGAUUUGUUUUUUUACAAUGUGUUUUCUUGCAUUCCUAAACAAAUGAUUUAACCAAUCAGAUAAUUAACAUCCUUUUCGAAGUUGAACUGGAUGUUGCAGAGCAGAUGUUGUUGGACUUUCGGUUGCUCCAGUUGAGGGGUCGCCACAGUGGGCCAUCCGGUCCGCACACAACUUGACACUGGUUUUACACCAGAUGACUUUCCAGUCGCGACCCUCCCAUUUUAUCCAGGCUUGGAACCAGCACUGCAUCCAAUGGCUGGGGCUUGGGCGUUGGGUGGGAAUUAAAUCCAGGCCUUCCGCAUGGCAGGCGGGAAUCCUACCACCAAGCUACCAAUGCCCCGGAGUUGUAGAGCAAAUAAAACACUAAUAGGGCCAGAGGUUCUCCAGGACCAGGGUUAGGAACCGUUGCAGUAGUGUGAUGUUACUUUUUACUUGAAUGCUUUUUAACAAUGCUUUUUUUCUUAGACAGUGGACAGGGAUAUUCUGAUAUCCUAACACAGUCCUGCAACUGAUAAUUUAUGCCUUGUCUCCAACUUGACAUAAGUGGCAGUGUAGCAAUGUUGAAUAGGUUAGCAUCAACAUAUUUUGGGUAAAGGCACUUUUACUCAAGUAAAUUAUUAUAUGCCUUCUUUCUUUUAUUUGUCAAUAGGUAAAUCAAAUUGUUCUCCAUUUACUUAGCAAACUUAUACUAUCUUGUUCUAUUUGUGUACUAAUUGAACAUGUAAGCUUCAUUGGUGUCACUUAACGUGUCAAUCCUCUGUGAACCCUCUAAACGCUGAAACUUGUAAAAUGAGGUCAAUGGUUAUUUAUUUAUUAUGCCAAAAUGUAAUUUAGUUCUUUAUGCCUAGAUUGUAACUCUUAAUUUAUGUGAAUGUCAUAUGUAUAUGAAUUUAUAUGUAAAAAAUUAUCUGGUAAUUAUGGACAAUAAAUAUAAUUAAUGCACAUUUCCGCACACCUUUUUCCCUAUAAAGCUUCUUUGCAACAAUGACCAUUGUUAGAAGUGCUAUAUAAAUAAAACUGAUUGAAUUCUUGCCUCAA